AUGCUUGACUCUCGUUCCCUCAUCCUUGCCUUGGCCACCCUCCAGGGCGCCCAAGCCUGGGGUACUCUCGGCCAUGCCACUGUCGCUUAUAUCGCCCAAAACUACCUAGAUGACACUACAGCAGCCUGGGCCAAGGGCGUCUUGAGCGAUACCUCGGGCUCUUACCUGGCCAACAUCGCCUCGUGGGCCGACUCUUACCGUGCCACCACCGCUGGCAAAUGGUCGGCUCCCUUGCAUUUCAUCGAUGCCGAGGACAGCCCUCCUACCAACUGCAACGUCGACUAUGCACGAGACUGCGGCUCCGCUGGCUGCUCCGUCUCCGCUAUCGCAAACUACACACAGCGUGUAGGCGACGCCCGCCUUAGCAAGGCUAACACCGCCGAGGCUCUCAAGUUCCUCGUUCACUUCAUUGGCGAUGUCACACAGCCUUUACAUGACGAGGCUCUAGACCGAGGUGGAAACUCAAUCACUGUCACUUUUGACGGCUACAGCAGCGACAAUCUGCACUCGGAUUGGGACACCUACAUGCCCGCAAAGCUGGUUGGCGGAUCCACGCUGUCCGACGCUCAGACUUGGGCCAACGAACUCAUUGACCAGAUCAACAACGGCAGCUACAAGAGCGUGGCCGCAAGCUGGAUCGCGGGUGACGAUAUUUCCAAUGCAGUCACUACCGCUACGGCUUGGGCUAGCGAUGCCAACGCUCUUGUGUGCACUGUUGUCAUGCCUAAUGGCGUCGCAGCGUUGCAGCAGGGUGAUCUGUACCCAGACUACUACAACAGUGUGAUCCCAACCAUCGAGCUGCAAAUCGCAAAGGGUGGUUACAGACUCGCAAACUGGUUGAACACCAUCUAUUCCACCAAGGUUGUCAAGGUCAAGCGUGAAGGCGAAAUCAUGGUCUCCAAGAAGGAUGUCGACUUGUCGGGUCGUAGCUUCUUGCCUCCUCCAAUUCCCUUGAGCGAUGCCAAGAUAAAGAGGGCUGCGGCCGGAUAUGGAUGCAACCACAGGCACUGA